AUGGCUUACAACUCCCAAGAAAUUCAGGACGAGGUUUUCUCGUUUUCGCUGACAAACGAUGCUCCUACUCUCGUACACAGUCCUGGCUCGUUUGCUGCCCCAACUCAUGACACACUUGUGGAAGACGACUUCCUGAUAGAAUCGCCUGGCUUCGGAGCCAUGGCGGGCGACGAUGAAGAGCUUUUCGAUGUGGAUUUCGAGCUCUCGGCGCUGCCUGUUUCCCACAAGGAUUUUUCCAGCGAAAGCGAAACAGGCUACACCAUGCAAGACGAGUUUGCCAAUGCUGCUCAGGACAACUACAGACUUUGGUUGGCUAGCGUAUAG